AAACGUUUUGGAAGAAAGUGGUUCGGUAGCAACGCGUAAAUAUGUCUGAACAACCCGAGGUUAACGGCCUUACUGAUGAAACAGCCUUUAGUGCCUGCUCGGAUCCCGAUCCCAGCACGAAGGAUUUUCUGUUACAACAGACAAUGCUAAGAAUAAAAGAUCCUAAGAAGUCGCUGGAUUUUUAUACUCGAGUUCUUGGCAUGACAUUACUCCAGAAGUGUGACUUCCCUGUUAUGAAAUUCUCCCUGUACUUCCUGGCUUAUGAAGAUAAAAAUGAUAUUCCAAAAGAUGCCAAAGAGAAAACAGCUUGGACUUUUUCUCGAAAGGCCACACUGGAACUCACACACAACUGGGGCACAGAAAAUGAUGAAAACCAGACUUACCACAAUGGCAAUUCAGACCCACGAGGAUUUGGUCAUAUUGGAAUUGCUGUUCCUGAUGUAAAUGCAGCUUGUAAAAGAUUUGAGGAGCUGGGAAUAAAAUUUGUCAAAAAACCAGAUGAUGGUAAAAUGAAAGGGCUGGCUUUUAUCCAGGAUCCUGAUGGCUACUGGAUAGAAAUCCUGAAUCCUAAUCACAUGGUGACUCUUAUCUAAGUUGGAAAUAUUUCACAGUGAUCUUUCAUCAAGAAAGACUGAAAAUAUACAAAAAUGUGCUCCUGUUGUGAGGCAUGCACUGGAUUUAAGAAAAGAAAGUUUAUAUAGUCAUUGAAGCCCAUAUGGUACAGUCUUCUAGUCCUUUUUUUUUUUUUGCCUGCUCUUCUGUUUGGCUUAUCCUGAAGAUGUUUAGCAUAGUUAGUAACUGGAAAGUGUAAAUACAUCCUGGAGUGCCAUUAUAUACUUCUACAAAUAUCUUGUUCGUAAUUCCCUUUGCAGGAUUUGCUGAAUUUGGAGGAUUUUAAAUUAUACUGUCUUUCAAAGUCUAAAAAUGUACCUCCUCCAGCAGUCAUUUUGUUGUUGCACCCACCGUGCCAUGUCAGAAUUCCAAAUGUGCCCACAGGUUGGAUAUGCAAAAGACAACAUUGCAAACUUAAAUGUGUGAAGACAGGAUAUAACGUUCCUUUUGCUUGUUCCUUUUGCUCUGUCUUGUUCCUUUUGCUCUGAUGGGGACAGAGCUUAAUUUGAACUUAUUGGAAUUUGCUCAGAUCUCAGUACUUGAUGAUAUGGUACUCUUGCAACACUUUCCUAGUAUUUGUUUCUUAUGAAGUGAUAAGUUUGAGUAAAAAAAGUGUUGCCCGUAUUGCUUCUGAGCCCAAUUUUUAGCAAUGUAAGAAUCCAUUAUCUAGACUGUGAAGAACCUUUCAUCCAAGAACCCAAAAUAUAAGGAAAGUACUGUGGCAGAAUCUGCAGUUAAAAAUGAACAAGGAUUGUCAUGACCCCUUUCUACAUGUGUGGUAUAAAUUUUAUUAAGUGCAACCAGUCUUUCCUUUUAUGAACUAUGUAGAAGAUAUUGGAUUUAUAUCCCGCCCUAUACUCUGAAUCUCUGAGUCUCCGAGUGGCCACAAUCUCCUUUACCACCCCUCCCCCCCACAGACACCCUGUGAGGAAGGUGAGACUGAGAGAGCUCUUACAGCAGCUGCCCUUUCAAGGACAACUCCUAUGAAAGCUAUGGCUGACCCAAGGCUAUCCCAGCAGCUACAAGUGAGGAGUGGGUAAUCAAACCUGGUUCUCCCAGAUAAGAGUCCACAUACUUAACCACUACAUCAACCCUUAUGUAAUAAGGAUUGGAUAAAAAUGUGCACAUGAUAUAAUGUUCUAUGUUGAUAAAAUUAAAAACAGGAAUCUAAUGUAGUCUAGAUAAAAUCAUUUCAAAUAUUAGACUACCUACUGUGGCAUAACUCUUACUGUAUCUUUAAAGUGAUAGUUGACUUCUGGAUUGUUAUAUCUGAGGUUUGGAAACCUGAUUUGUAAGCCAGUUAAUAAUGUUUGGUGAUCAAUUUAUAUUGACCUAUUAGAUUGUGCAAUACAUUUUGCCAAGAAGCCCUAACCAAAUUAUCUUAGCUAAUACUCUGUUAGCAACACUUUAGAUCUUGUUUUGGAAUGCACAAUGGCAUCAAAUAAAGUAUUUAUUUCCAAGCAAA